UGACCGUGGCGUGUGGGGCUUGUGUCGGUCGUCGCCGUGUGUGUUGUUGUUGUCUUAUCAACUUUUGUGGUAGUGUCAGUGUUUUCAUAACUCGUUGUGACAAUUUCUUUACUUCUGAAGUGUUACCGUGCUUCGUAAACUAGUGUCACACUGUCAUUUUUAAUUCAGUGCCCAUUUACUUUGGAUUAAUUGGAUUCUCCAGGCAGCGGAACAGGUGUAUUUCGUCUCAAAGGCACAGUGUCCGUUGACGAGUGAAUCGCAACUGCCGCAUGAGAGCGACAGAAUCGGACGUCAUGCUGUGAUCACGUCACGUCCCGCUCGGACUGCACCCGCCCGUCAAACGUCCAGGAUUAUGGCGACGCUGCCGCGCUUUCCUGAAACCUAAAAUCAGGAGCUGCUAGUAUGUCAUGGAUGAGGUGAGGGAGGAGUGUCGAGGGGGUAGCGUGGGAGGAGGGGGAGGGGGGAGUAGGAGCUCCCCACUCGAAGACGGCUAUCUCCUCUUCCGCAUCCACGUGCCGGAACUCAACAUCCAGAAAUGCCUCCAGUUCCCCAAGGACCAGUUCAUCUGGAACAUGAAACAGCAAGUCCUCGCCUCCUUGCCCAAGGAAUUGAAGGAAAGCUUCAACUAUGGCCUGUUUUUACCGCCGAACAACGGAAAGGCAGGAAAAUUCUUGGACGAGGAGCGGAGGCUGGUCGACUAUCCAUUCAAUGGCCCUGUCGGCUAUCUCGAGCUAAAAUACAAGCGACGGGUCUACAAAAUGCUGAAUUUGGAUGAAAAGCAGCUUAAGGCCCUACACACACGAACAAACUUCAGACGCUUAUUAGACUAUGUAGCCAAUGGACAAGUAGAGAAAAUCACUAAAAUGUGUUCCAAAGGACUAGACCCAAAUUUCCAUUGCACAGAAAGUGGAGAAACACCUUUGACGUACGCGACUGGAAUCAAGAAACCGGGGAAAGUGCUGAUGGCGUUGGUGAACGGUGGUGCAUUGCUCGAUUACCGGACAAAGGAUGGCUCAACUGCGAUGCACAGGGCUGUAGAACACAACAGCUUAGAGGCGGUGACCACACUACUUGAGUUAGGAGCCUCGCCUAACUAUCGUGAUAGCAAAGGCCUGACCCCGCUCUACUUGGCCGUCACCCAUGCCACGGACCCCCUUAUCUGUGGUGGCCUCCUUCAUGACCGCUCAAUGAUCGGUGCUCAAGACUUGCAGGGCUGGCAAGAGGUUCACCAGGCUUGUCGAAAUGGACUAGUGCAACAUUUAGAACAUCUCCUCUUCUAUGGUGCAGACAUGAACGCUCAAAACGCAUCCGGCAACACACCACUUCACGUCUGUGCAGUGAACAACCAAGAAUCUUGCGCUAGGUUAUUACUCUUCCGUGGGUGCCACAAAGAGGCGCUAAACUUCGCAAAUCAAACAGCGUACCAAGUGGCUGUUAUUGCUGGUAACCUAGAGUUAGCUGAAAUCAUUCAGAACCAUCGCCCGGAGAAUGUUGUCCCAUUCCGGGAGCCUCCAAGGUACAAUCCGCGGCGGCGCAGUUGUAUAAUUCGCGGAGGGCUCAAUGGGGGGGAGCCCUUCCUGGAGUUCCCUCCAUCGCCGUCCCCCUCAAAUCGAUCGUCCAUGGGACCCUUCUUCAGCUCGGCCUCGUCGAGUCUUAGCGAAGCCAGCUCUAGCUCGGCGUCGACCAACAAGACGGAAGACACUGCAAGCUACGUCACAGACAAAAGCAUGGGUGACACAAGUGACAUAAUCAGUGAUAGCUCAGGAGUUGGCACAUCAAACAGCGAUACAACUGUAUCGAUUAGUUUACCUGGUACUGUGGUUGUUUGUACCGAGAACUACACAGCAACACAACCUGGACACCUGUCAGUCGCUCAAGGAGACCUUAUAGAAGUGACAGGAGCAACAGACUGUGGCCUCUUGGAAGGAAACAUUCAGGGAAAUCCAACAUCUGGGCUGUUUCCAGCACAUUGCGUCCAGGAAAUGAGAGGAACGCAGCCAACCACCGCUACCAUCAACAUUCACCCGAGAGUCUCAGGACGCCGGGAGUCAGUAGUCAAUAAGCACUUUGCCACCGCACCACGCCACAAAAAACAGUUACCAGCAGAACCACGAACCGUUGUACUGCACCGAGCGAGGCGUGGGUUUGGCUUUGUCUUGCGGGGAGCGAAAGCCACGUCUCCUCUGAUGGAGCUCGAGCCGUCGGAUCGUUGUCCAGCACUCCAGUACCUCGAUGACGUUGACAAGGGAGGCGUAGCUGACCUAGCUGGUCUCAAAAAAGGCGACUACCUCAUAGCUAUAAAUGGAGAGGAUGUUUCUGCAGCUUCCCACGAACGAGUCGUAGAAUUAAUUCGAAGUUCCGGUGACCUGGUUUCGAUGACAGUCGUGUCAUUGGGUGCCAUUCCUAGCUCUAAAUCAGCAGCAACACUUUCGGAAAUAACUCCUAAUCCGCGUCAGUAUGCAACUCUGCCGCGGAAACUCAAUAACUUUGCAACAUUAGGUCGUUCUACUGCAGCACCUUUACCUCCUCGUCGGAAUCCAAAAACCACUCUAAGCAUAGGCAAAGCAAGAGCAAAAUCAAUGAUAUUUGAGGACAUCAGGAAGGACGAAAAGGAGAAAAACCUAGAAAAUCAAAUUCGGACGAUUUCCAUUCGAAAUCGGCCAACUUCAGGGAGAAUAACCGCUGUUGAGUUAGAGGAGCUUUUCCAGAGACAGCAGAGUGAUAUCGGCCAAACGAGUAUGAUGGUCACCUCAGUCUAUGCUAAUGGAAUUCCAAGGCCACCCUCACCAACAUCCUCUCUUAGAACACCUCGGGUGUAUGCAAGUGUCGCUGAAAUGAAACGUAGCAAAGGAAAAUCAAAUUCUCGGGUAAGAUUCAGUAUAGCUGGCAUUGGUGGCUUGAACGAAUUGAAAAGGGAUUUCCACAGCACACCUGAUCUCACAGGGAAGCUGAACGGUGUUUCGAACGGUGUUUCAACUUUUGCGCCCCGAACACACCGGAGUCAAGAAGAUAUUCCAUCGAAAUCGCAGUCAUUGCUACCACCUCCCAACCAUCCCCCUCCUCCUCCACCCGGUCAGUUAAUCAAAGUUGAAAUCAAAAACGGGAGUGAGUGUGACUACGGGAGUAUCACUUCUUCGGAACAUUCAACUAAUGUAGGUAAAGAAGGUAUCAUGUCAAGUUUCAAGCCUACGAACAGUGCCAAGCUGUACGCAUCUCCUGAGGAUGUUAAAAUGGUCGGCUUUCGAUCACACUCACUUCCUCCAAGUUCUGCACGACCGCAGGUACGGAAAUCACACAGUGUGAGGUCAACCUCAGUGCAUAAGCCAUGUGCUCAGAAUCAGGUUCCCAACGGCAAUCAAUAUGCGACGACUGCCAAAGUAUUCCGUAACUCCAAAAAGCGCUCCGUCUCACCAGCACCCCCAAUUCCGAAUCCAGACUACAGUUUAAGCGAGGAAGAGUCGGAAAACGAAACUGAAGUGGAAAAACCAGUCGAGGGUAGCGGCAAUUCCAACUCCAGCUCCAACUCCAGCAGCAGCAUGCCUCAUUCACUCAGUGUUGAGGAAAUCCAAAAGGUAAGAACACAAUUGCGCUCGUCAAAAUCCUACCCGAACGAUUUUCUACUGCAGAGUAUUGAAGAUGGUGACAACUCCUCAAGCGGUGUGAGCUCUGACCAAGAGCCAUGUCCGUCUGCGGAAAUGACGACGUCUCUCGACUCGUCAACUCUCCCACGCGUGAGUUUGCAGAGGACUGGGUUGACGCGAAACGCAGUGUCCCUGGCUCAGCUGCCACCUCCAUUGGAACUGGAUAUGGAGGAGGUCGUUCCACCACCUCCGGAGUUUGUUGCAGCCAACAGCGCAGCCAGUGGGGAUGUUGCCGAGGUCCUUGCUCCACCGCCGCAAUUCUCCGACAACCGCCUGGUCACUCGUGUUAGGAUCGUCAGUGCUGUACCCAAGCAGUGAGCAUUUUCAUACCAUCUCCAAUGAGCCAAAAAAAAUGCCUAUCGAUUGCCACAUUGCCAAAUUCCCUGUAAUAAAGUGCAAAUUUUUUGGAAAACUGAAGAAUGUUUUUCUUUGAAUUUUUCAAAGAUUUUCAUUCGCACUUUAAUCUUUUGUGUUUGAAAAUUACAGGUCAUAAUAUCCUUAACAUAAAUUGAAAAUGUAAAUUUUACGGGGGAAACUUGGCAAUAUUCAAAUGCUCAGAUGUUGCUCUUUCCUUGCAAGAUAGUUAUAACCGAUUGAAGGAACUAAGGAGAUGAAUCCUUAUCUGAUCAAAAUCAUGGAAAACUGUAUGUUUUCUGCGCUCCAUUUUUUGUAUUAUUCAACAAUUGCACGGAAUUUCGUUUAGCCAGGUACCAUUUGGCCCUUUUAGAUUACUUAACAGUUUCAUGAGUAUCUAAGCAUAGAGAGGAGAUCACCUCAAAGAGGGUGCUGGUUCCAAACUUUAGCUGUGGUUGUUUUUUGAUACCUAUCCCAAUCAGCAUGAAAAGUAGAAUUUUUCUAUUACGUGUAUUUGAUUCUCAUGAUACUGAGGAAAAACGACUCUGAAAAGAUGCAUUUUCUUCCCUGUCGAUGGUUUUUUCAUGAAAAAUAGGAUGAAUAUACCUCAUGCAACUCCCGAAAUAGACUGUAUGAUCAAGGGUCGUUCCAAGCCUUGCGCUUGUGACUUGGUCAAUAAAUGAAAUGAUGUUCAUGCCGCUUAUUUCUGCAAUUUGUUGCUGCAGCAUAGAAACAGAAAGAUCCUCCGUUGAGAAAAAUAUCAAUUUACUCCAGUAAUGAAAAGAAGAAACCGUCGUACAGAUUCAAGUGAAAAAGUCAUGAACUCCUUCAUCAGAAAAUGAAAUUUGAUUUCUUCAAGAAAAAUCGGACAGUUUUUCAGAUGUCAUGGAUGUGAUGUGAGAUCCAAUUUUAUGCCUUGCUUGUUUCACGGUUGUUCGAGAAGGCUAUUGCUCCGCUACGUUGAUUCAAAAAUGUUUCCAAAACAAUACGUUGAUUGUUGUCUCCUUUCUUAUCUCAUCAAUCAAAAAUAAUGGCUGAUGAAUUCAGUAUCUUCUUUCCGUUUUUAAAAACUGCUAUUUUCCAGAUCAAUUUGUUAUCUUAUAUAGGAUGAAAAAGUCACCAAAUUUUUAAAAUUAAAGUGAAUUCAAGAAUAAGAUAGUGUAUUUUAACCUGUAGUACUCAGGAACUUAGUGGUACCUAUUUUAACCGUAUUAACUUCUUGUUUUGAGUUUUAUAAGCAUCCAAUUUAAAAUUGGUUCUACAAGCUUAUCACUGUGGUCAGUCCUAAUGUUGUAACGAAUCUAUGGAGUUGAAUAAUGGCAAUAUUUUUACUUUAUUAGAUCAGUAUGAUUGAUGGUUCGAUUGAAAUUUGUGGAAAUGUUGUUGUGGAUAUCUGUUGAGUAUGUCCAUUUAUUUCAAAUCAACUUAAAUGAAAGAAAAGAAUAAUUCAAUUUUGUAUCAUUCCCUAAAAGAAAAGCGCUCGUCUUUUCUGAAUCCUUUAUUUUGUUCAGUCUUCUUAUAUGUACAUUCCUGAAUCCUUCGGAAAGUUUAUUUUUUCAAAAUUUUCAUUGCUAUAUCUGUGUCUGGACUUUUUAGCCUUUUUUUAAUUUUAUAAAUUAAAACAUUCCUGCAAGGGGUCAUAUUUACUUUUUACAAGUUUUUUGCUGAAGGAAAUCGAUGAUAUUUAUUAAUUUACUUUCCUGUCGAUCCUUGAAUGAAUUGGUAAUUUUCGAGCUGGACAGGGAAAAGCCACUCAAACAUACAAAUCUGCAUCCGCACCCUUAAAUUUUGUUAUUGUUGAUAGAAUUUCAACUUUUGUUGAAUGUUUUUGGUGUUUUUUAAAUUGUUAACGUCCUGUACUGUGGUAUUUUAAACGUAAGGUUGAAUUUUCCUUCCAAAACUUCCGCAAGAAAAUUUUCAUGCUCUGUUUGAAUAAAGAACAGACUCAAAUGUUUUGAUUUGCUGUCAGAGGGCUCUUUCCAUUUUGUACUUUUUUAAGUUUGUAAUUAUCGAUUCUGUGCAUUUUGCGUUAAAUUGUUUAGGUUUUAAAUGCUAAGAUUUUGAGCAUUUAAGGCGGCAGAGUAAAUUUUACAAGUUGUCCAAAUCACUUUUCCCGACCAAAGAAAACAAGGAAGGGCUGUAUGAAUAGAAAUCAGCUGAAAAAAAGAAAAAAGAAGAAAGAGAAAAGAAUAAAUUGAACGAAUGGAAGAACAGAAAAGAAGAAGAAAGAAAGAAGAAAUUUGCUGAAGUAUCUUGUAAUUGGCUAUAAUGUUUUUUUUUUUUCUAAAAAGAGGAGAACAAAAGGGUAUUUGAGUUCUUGGAAACCAAAAGGCGAAACUCAGGAAAUGUGUUGGCCUAGUGCUAAUUUUUUUUUAUUAUCUGUAAAAUGAAAGUCAUUGAACUCUAUCCGUGAUAAAGUCUCAAAUAUUUGCCCUUUAAAGAAUUUAAUGGCGUAUCAGGAUUACAUACUAUUGCGUGCUCCAGUUCACGAAAUGGAACUUUUUUUUGGAAAUAACACUGUUUAUGUUUGAGGGAAAUAAAGUAAAUUUUGAGGGUUAAAGUUAUCACUUUUCUAGAUUUUUUGCCAUUAUCAGAUAGAAUUGGAUUAACGGCGGACACAACUGUUCAAUGCAGCUGAAUAACAGAACUGAUUUACAAGCAGCCGCUUCUCUCAAAGUAAAACAAGGAAUAAAGUAUUUGUCUACUCAAGAUGUGUAGUUUUCAAUUACCUUGACUCAUGAGUCUUGGAUAUGCAAAUCAAGAGGCUAAAGAACGAUACCGGCAAACAUUAGUAGAGUUAAAAAUGCUGCAUUUUUAUGGCUAAAAUCGUCAGUAAUAUUAAUGAGUGUGAAUCUAAAAUGAUAUUCGGUCGAAAUAAUUAAUGUAAGCAGGAAAGUUUUGAGUUUUUAAAUUUUGAUUUUAUUUAAAACCUACUAUUCGUUAUCAACAUUUUCCAACCUCAAACAUAGGAUUCCUUUCGUGUCACGAUUGUAACAACUAAGAAUAAACUCUGUAAUUAUGAUAGCAAAAUUUUAGAGCAGCCACUAAGUAACUUAAAUUUUUUUUCCCAAAAUGUGUUACAAAUUUCUGUUUGCUUUUUUAUGUAUCUCCUCAACAAAAAUUGUUUCCUAAAUGUUGAAUCAUGGGUAUUGAAAACAAUUCUUUAAACUAGAAGGUGACCAAAGCCACUCGAGAGUAUUGUUUGAAAGAUCCAACUCAAUUUUUAUAAUAUUUUCUAUUGUAAAUACUUAUUCUAUUAAUCAAAAAUCCAGCUCAGAAGAUCUCAAUUCGUGCUGAAAAAUUUAGAAUCGAUUUCAGUUGAAAGCUUAGUCUAACUUUGAGUAGCUUCACAUUUUAUCAUGGCAGAAGCGUCAUAAAUAUUGGUGUUUUAACAUGCUGUAAAGCUGAAUUGUUUUCUCUGAUGCAUUACGUUGAUCGAAAUCAUAAUCUUAAAAGUUCACCUCAAUUCAGAUGUCAGGACAUUUAAAUGGUGUAAAAUCUGAUCAAAAGUCAGUCUUUAACAAUCAUUUCAUUAGUAUUUUUCCAUCAUUUUUAUUUUUAGAGCCAGUAGCUUUUAUAAUUUUGUAACGGUCAAGUUUUGAAUUUGAGGUAGAUUUUAUUCUUGUAAAAUUACUCAAACUAGGAUACUCAGUAGGAGAAUUCGUGCCUUUGAAUCUUCGUCCAAUUAGGGAUUACUAGGUCAUAUCGUCAGUAGUCUUCUAAGAUGUGCGAUGCUCAGCCCUAGUCAGUUGAAGAGGGACAUAGGAAUGUCCCUCUCAAGUAUUGAAAACAAAGAGGGAACACGUACCCGAAGAAUUAAAACAGAAAAAGUUGAAUUCCUACACUUAUCAUGUGUAAUAUUUCAUUCCUCUAGUCAAUUAAUUUUCUGUAUCUUAUUCUAAAGGCAAAAUAGCAAUUAGUACAUGCCAUAGCUUCCUUGCGAUGUGCGAAUCCUUUCCUGUGUUUAACGUGUAAGUUAAUUAGCUUCUAAGAUCAAACGUGCGAACAACUUUUUUGUGAAAGCCUUGUGUUGUUAUUAAUUUUUAGGUCCCAGAGUUAAGUCGCACUGUACCCCAACAUGCUCUCAAUGCUUGUCUGUUCGAUGCUUACCGAUUUCUUUAAUUUGGACCUACAGAGCAACCAUGCCUUUUCAAACUAGCAUCAGCGUUUCCGUACGUUUUUAAUGUCAAGUAUACCAAUUCUUAAUCAGAUUGCAUUCUGCAAUAACGAACCACUAUCUCUGGCUCUUCCAUAAAACCACUUUUUUUGCAUAGGGAAACCAAUGGCAUAUAUGUAUGCUGUUUCUAAAAUGAGCCAGAAAUAGUGGUUCCUUAUUGCAAAAUGUGGCCCAAUCUCUGGUAGGCUCAUCCCAUGGUCCAUGAAGGUACAAAAAGCGGUGAUUCACGAACCACAUACAUAUUUUGAUUUUUGAUGUCGGAGACUUCCCUUCAUACAUUAUAUUCGAAUACUAAUCAAUGAUAUUACUUGAGAUCAUCCUCGACUUUUCUUUUAAGUCGACAUUUUAAGCAUCGAAAUGAGCUUGUUUCCCUCAAAAGUAAUGAAUAGGAGAGAACAUUUUUAAGUAUCAUAAGUGAGAUUUGAGGAAUGCCGGAAUAAGGGCACAUGUAAAAAGUACAGAGUUUUGAGAAAAUCGUAUUGGGCAGUUCGACAUGGUGUCUCAACAAACUGUAUGUACCAGUUGCUUAGACCAAAGGCUAUUCUUUCAACCUGGAGCUUAAAAUUUUGAAAUUCAUGAGUAGUUUGAAAAGAAAAAAAAAAAUCAUGAAGGGUUUAUUUCGAGUUAAGCCCCUCUUCCGGCAUGGCCCUCUUUUGUGGUUUCUGAAUACAGUUAUUAAUCCUUGUAUUACUCGGACAACUAUAAAACGGUUAGUUAUCAUUCAGGUGAGCAUUGAAGGGUUUUAUCACAAGUUGAAUAGCCUCACCCUUUGUAAUGAUGUACUAGAAAAGCGAAAUGAGAUGCGGAGACAAGAGUUAUAUUUUGACAUGACUCUUUGUUGAAUCUCAUUCCCUGGCAGUCAGUUUCGUAGGGUGCUUUUGGUCAACGUUCUAUAGUUGAAUAAUCUCUUGCCAUAAACCGUUGCUCCUAACUCAGUGCUUCAGUUCCAUUCCAUUAUUCAUAGUUCAAACAAUCUUGUAUCUACAAUCGUAAUAGCUCUGUUUUUAUAUAUUUUUAAGUGUAUUGUAUACAUAUUGUACCAUUUCCUUGUAAUAUAUAUUGAGCAAAAA